AUGUCCCUUCCCGAGCAACAAGAAAUUCAAGCUGCCCACAGUGAGAGCAGACCGUCAUCUGUAAAUGGCACGGACGGUGAAUCUAGCGCGCCUGUCGACAUUUCCAACGAGCUCGCAGGAAAGCAAAGCGAGCGCUCGGAUGGAAAGCGCGAGCUGAAGGAAGCAGAUUGCUACGAGGUCCUGGGCUACUCGUGGCCGCGAUGGAAAAAAUGGUCCUAUCUUGCCGCUGUCGCGUUUGUGCAGGUUUCUAUGAACUUCAACACCUCGGUCUACCCUGCUGCCGUCAAGCCUCUCUCCAAGGCGUUCAACAUUAGCGAGCAACACGCUCGGACAGGCCAAAUGGCCUAUCUAGUUACCUAUUCCAUCGGUUGCGAGCUGUGGGCUCCUUGGUCUGAAGAAUUCGGUCGCUGGCCUAUCCUCCAGCUCUCCAUGUUCCUUAUCAACAUUUGGCAACUUCCAGCAGCCCUUGCCCCCAACUGGGGUUCUCUUGUAGUCGCCCGUGCAUUGGGUGGUAUCUCUACUGCUGGUGGCAGUGUCACUCUCGGUCUUAUCGCCGAUAUCUACGAGUCCGAGACACAGCAGUUCCCUCUUGCAUUUAUUGUCUUAUCCUCUUGUAUUGGUACUAGUAUUGGUGGUGUGAUUGGUGGACCAAUUGCGCGCUUCCUUGAAUGGAAAUGGUUCUUUUGGAUUCAACUCAUCUUCGGAGGAGUAACCCAGGCCAUCAUCUUUUUCAUGCCCGAAAGUCGUUCGACCAUCAUCAUGGACAUGGAAGCUAAGCGCCGCCGCAAGUCGGGAGAAGACACGAAUAUCUACGGACCCAAUGAGCUUAAGGUUCCUCGUGUCUCCCUCAAAGAAGCCGGCAAGAUCUGGAUGCGACCAUUCUACAUGCUUCUGCGCGAGCCUAUUGUCCUUUGCUUGUCCCUUCUGUCUGGUUUUUCCGAUGCUCUGAUCUUCACCUUUCUCGAAAGCUUUGCCAUUGUUUACGAGCAGGGAUGGGGAUUCGGUACUCUCGCACAGGCGUGGGCGAUCAUACCAAUCAACGCUGCCUACUUUAUUGCCUACUUCAGCUACUUCCCCUGGUUCUUCCGUGACCAAAAGCUUCGUCUCAGAUAUGGUGACGCGGCUAUUCCACCCGAGCGCCGUCUCAAGUGGCUGCUGUUUCUUGCACCACUUGAACCCAUCGGUUUGUUCGGUUUUGCUUGGACAUCCUUCGGCGACUCGCGCAAUGUCCAUUGGAUCGGAUCUAUGAUCUUCUCCGGGUGUGUAGGUGUCGCCAACUACGCGAUUUACCUCUCCUCGGUUGAUUACAUGAUCGCUUCCUAUGGUGUCUACUCCGCCUCCGCGACUGGUGGUAACGCUUUCGCUCGUGAUCUUCUCGCUGGUAUCUCAGCCAUGUACGCGACGCCCAUGUAUACAAAUAUUGGCAACAAGUGGCAUGUGCAGUAUGCAAGCACCAUCCUGGCUUGUCUUUCCUGCCUUGUCGUGGCUCCCAUUUAUAUCUUCUAUUGGAAGGGACCGAAAAUUCGUGCGAAAAGCAAGUUCGCUGCGACGCUUGCUGAAGACAGAGAGCAGAACAAUGGCCGACGUGUCAGUAGGAUCAGUGUUGAACCCUGA